AUGAACAAACAAUUCGCCCUUACCCUUCUUAACCGCGCUUACAAGGACAAGUCCCUUAAGACGAGGACUUCUCAAGUAAACACUCUUGAUCGUUGUGGUAUCUUCGAACCUCACGUUUUCGGAUCUCCCCAGAAAGUCAUGGAAAUCCUCCGCGCAAAGUAUUCUGCUAACUACGCAAUCGGCUUUUCUGGAUUACUUUCUCGAAUGUUUCAUGUGCUCACCAAUGAAGAAAAGAUCGCCUUGUACAAUUGGUCCGUCGAGAGUUACCCUUCUUUUGUUAAGACUCCUCUUCUUGCCCAGUCGGACGAUAAGAAACUCAAAACUAUUACCAACGAAGUUCACCAAUACUACAAAAAUGAGAAUCACAAGCAUUGCGCUGAGAUCAACAGUCGCCCGGCUCUCGUAAUGACUCCUGAGUAUGAGGAGAAAAGACACAUGCCCGAAGAGGUCUUGGUCAAAACGGUUCUCGGAAAGUUAGCCGAACUUAGAGAAAAAAUCGAGAAAGACAAGAAUCGCAUUGAUAUCUGCGAGUAUGGUCUGCUUAUCGGAACUCUUUGUUACUUCUGCGGUGACAAGAUGCGCAGGUUAGACCUUGCGCUCGCUAAAUAUCGAAACCAUCUUGAACAUACUCCUAAUAACCUUGACGCGUGUGAUUAUUUCCCGGCCACUCAUAGUUUCUUAAUCCGCCGUUGCAACAAAGUCACAAAGGAAAAGGAUGUUGCAAUUAUCAUCAACGAUCGGGUAGUACAAGAACAUCUCGAUUAUCUCGUUUCCCUCCGUGAGGAGUUAAACCAAGACUACCUGUUUAUGAAGCAGCGUGGUCAGGACAGGACACCCGAUUGCCAUUGGUUUGGCGUUGCGAUGAAGCAGAACAAUUCGAAACAUUUCGGUAAGGAUAUCUGUUUGAAUCAGUUGAGAAAGAUCGGUGUUCAAACCACCAUCGACUAUGAUGACGGUGAUAAAGAUAAGCAGAGAGAAAUGUGCGCCAAAUUCGGUCACAGUUACGCCACUCGACAGAACUACUAUUACAUGCGCAAAGAGAAAAAAGAGGAAAAAGAGGAAGAAGUGAAGGAUGAAAGUGUAACCAACAAAAUGUCCGUAGAUUUCAUGUUGAAUUAA